AUGUUAAGCCUACUUGUUGCCGUAUUUGCCUUGUGCAAAGCAAUCUAUGCCCAAACACCUACUGAGACCGCACCCCUUAUCAUCAACCAAGGCCCAACCAACAGAUGCUGGAGCUGGUACGCCGAGCCAAGCGACUAUGGCUCACCUCCAGACAAAGAAACCAACUGCUACGGUGAUAACAUGUACGGGAGGUUUAAUCUAGCCACAUAUGGAUGGCGGUACCCGAACGACUACCAGAAGUCACCAGGUUAUGAUGGCUCUGUGACAGGCGCAAACGGAUCACCGCUCACUAUAUCGCUAACGAACAAUGCGAAGAACGCCAAUUGUACAGGUGUUGAGAUCAAUCUCAGUUAUGACUAUCCAACCGCGGCAUUGUACGCCAAUGUGAGCGAUACAGACCUCUCUCAAUACGAUUCGGUUAUCAUCGAGUACGACGCCUACGUUAAAUCUGCUACUAUCUCGCAGUCAGAAUGCAGCUGUUUAGAAAACGGUAAGGCAUCGUGCCCAAGCUGGUGGAAGUCGCAGUUCACGACAGAUAUUCUGUUUUACCAAGGCCCUAAUAAGGAUUUCAAUGUCAUUUCUGUUCGGAAUUUCGACCCGCAAAAUAAUGGCAACUCGUACUUUAAUGCAGCUGGCGGACAUCGCUACCAAUAUAGCGAUCAUCAGAUCCAGCCCGUUUCUGGGACCAGGGCACAUGUCCGGCUCGAUGCAAAGCAUUUGAUCGCAUCCUAUAGUAGCCAGUUAUGUCAAGGAGGUUCAACCAAUGGGCCGAUCUUCUUGCGAAGCAUUCAAUUUGUUUCUAUUGCCACUGGGGCGGACAUGACGGUUGAGAUCCAGAAUGUCAAGGCCAACGCUUUCAAAUAUAAACCCGGCACCUUCACGUCUUCCGCUGUCCCACCAGGGUGUACGCCAACCAAUUGUCCAAGUCAGCCAAGUGAUCCGAAGAGCUCGUGUGCAUCAUGGGUCCCUCAGGCCACAGGGGCUCCAACGUCGAGCAACAAGUUGUAUGAUCAAUGUGGGGGAAAGACUUGGACUGGGUCGACGAGUUGUCCGAGCGGAGCGGCAUGCAAGAUUCAAAAUGAGUAUUAUUCACAGUGCCUUCCUGUUUAG